UAAUUGCUAGCUAUCAUUCAUUGUCGGACAUAUUCGUAGUAUUGUUUGUUUACCAGUAUUGUUUCUGUAAACACCUUUUAGCCAGGAAUUUCAUAUCAUAAGAAUUGUAGAGACACACCAGUGAGCAUUCUUAAAUAUAAUUGGAGUCCUUUAUAUGAUAGGAUGUCUUCAAUAGUCCUAGUCACUGGAGCCACUGGCUUUAUUGCUUCACAUAUUGUUAAACAAUUACAAGAGGAUGGCUAUCAAGUGAGGGGGACAGUGAGGAGUUUACAGGACGAGGAAAAGGUCAAACGUCUCAAUGAACUCUGUCCAGAGGCGGAACAUAAACUUGAAAUAGUUGAAGCAGAUCUCACAAAGCCAGAAUCAUGGGAGGCGGCCGUCAAAGACGUAAAGAAUGUUAUACACGUUGCAAGUCCGUUCCCAGCACAAAGUCCAAAGGAUGAAAACGAGAUUGUUCAGCCUGCUGUCGAAGGAACUCAAGCCGUUCUUAAAGCAUGUGUCCAAGCAAAAUCCGUCAAACGUGUAGUUAUAACAAGUUCAUGUGUUGCUGUUGGAUGGGGUCCAGCAGCGUUAGCAGCCGAUCCAAACAAAGUAUUUACAGAAGAAGAUUGGACAGAUCCAGAGAAAUUAGAUGCCUAUGGUAAAAGUAAAACUUUAGCAGAAAAAGCAGCCUGGGACUAUGUAAAAGAACUACCAGAUGAAGACAAAAUAGAACUAGCAGUAAUAAAUCCAGCUUAUGUGAUGGGUCCCGUUAUAAAUGGAUCACAAUGUACAAGCCUAGAGAUUGUAAAAAGACUUUUGGAAAGAGAAAAACCCUUCUGUGCUAAACUUAACUUCGCAGUGGUCGAUGUAAGAGACGUGGCUGCUGCCCAUAUUAAAGCCAUGACACUAGAAGAAGCAGCAGGUAAAAGACACCUGAUUGUCAACCAGAAUAUUUGGAUGAAAGAAAUAGCUCAGAUUCUAGCUAAAGAAUUCAAACCACAAGGAUACAAUGUUCCAACUGCAAAUUGUCCUAACCCAAUUUUGUGGAUGACAAGCUUGUUUGAUAGAACCAUUAAGAUGAUUUUACCAAAUAUUGGCAAAGUGUACAAAUUUGACAAUUCUAGGAUGAAAGAUGUAUUAGGAAUUACCCCCAAAGAAAUAAAAGAGACACUGAUUGAUAUGGCAUACAGUCUGAUAGAAGUAGGUCUGGUAAAGAAAACUAAGAAAUACAAGGGUCCAAACGCUGGUACUGAAGGAGAAGAAGAAGAGAAAAAGGAGGAAGAAGAAAAGAAAGAAGGCGAGGACGAAAAACCAAAGGAAAAUGGUGACGUAAAAGAGGGUGGAGAGGAAGAUGAUCUUAAAAAGGAAGAAACCAAAGAAGACCAGAAGAUCGAAGAUGUAAAGGAUGAGGAGAAAAAAGAAGAAAAAGAACCGGAAGAAAAGUCUGAGGAGAAAAAAGAAGAGAAACCAGCAGAGGAAAAAGCAGAUGAAGGUUCAACAGAGGAGAAAAAGGAGUAACACAUUCAUAUAAUUAUAUUUUUGACAUUAUUCAAAGGACAAAGUAAGCAUGGAUGUUCAUUAUUUAUCAUGUACUUGUAUAUUUAUUAAUUUAUUCAUUUCUAAGAAGGAAUGCUGUGUACGAAUCUAAUUCAUGUUUAAGCAUAAUAAACAACAAUACUUAUGUUUCAGAUACAUAUUUGUAUUGUUUAGGACUUAUGCCAAUGGCAUUUCUCCGUACAAUUUAUGAAAAAUUAUCUGUUAAGUUUUUUUACAUGUGAUAUUUUGUCGGAAAAUCCAAACAGUAUUACAAAGUAUAAUAGGGAACUUAAAAAUGCUUAUCAAAGUCACACUUUAGUGUAUUAAUAAAGUGCAAACAUGAAUUUUAGUUACUGGUAGGGAAAAUUAAAAAGAAUUUCUGUAGAAAAAAGUAAUGCACAUGAUAAAUUUUGAGCUACAUUAUUGAUGAAGGUUGUAUUUUUUAGGAGCUGUAUGUGUUACUAUGUGAGAUCAAAUCAUUCUUAAAUCCAUUUACAUUAUUUUGAAUUUCUUCCAUUUGUCUUUGUUUUCUUUGUUUUAUAUACUAAAGAUCUUCUCGCAAGAUAUAUUGGACCAAAAACUUUUUGAUAGAACUUGCGAUGAAAUGUGUAAUUGAUUAUUACUACUAUGUAUGUACAUGUAGAUUUUGAACCAAUAUCUACUGAGAACAGAAUGAAUCAGUAAAAUUGGAAUGUGAAAGGAGGUAAAUAUUGAAAAAGAAUUAUGCUAGUAUUAUGAUAUGAAGACUGAAUACAGAUAGAUAAGUACAACAUAAAGUCUAUUCUGAUAAUAUAUACACCGCCUAGUAGUAAACUCAAUGUUAGUAGAAUUCUUUUGUAUAUGAUCUUAAAGACGGAUUCCGUCAAGCAAGAACUCGACAAAAGUUGUUCAUCAUGGUUUAUUGUUUUCUGUUGAGUUGUGUUAAUGCUUAAAGUGUUAAGUGAGAUCCAUGUACUAUCAUUAGGAAAUGUUAAAGGAGACAGUUCAUAGAUUUACACUCAAUUUAGUAUGCGUGAAUUUUAAUGUUAGUAUGAAGUUCACAUAAUCUGGAGGAGUUGGUGAAAUUUGUGAAUGUUCCUUUACAUUUUUCUAAUAAAAUUUUAUAAAUAUUUUUAUUUGUCACUUUUUGAUAUGAUAUAUAGUUAUACAUUUAUUUUCAUUCAUCACCAAGUAUGGUCAUCAUUUCGAAAGUGCUGCAAAUGGUUGUCAUGACAACAUUAAAUGCUUUUUAAAAGUUUUGCCUAAAUUAUUACAUUUUGGCAUUUUAUAAUUGAAUUAGUUUGUAUUUACAAAAAAUCUUUUUUACUUUAUUUUCUAAUAUAUUUAUAUAUAAAGACAAUUUUAAUAUACCAUAUUUUAAAAUAUUUUAUUUUCAUUAUUAUUGCUUUUAAAAAAAUCAGUGCCUAACUUUCUUUCAUUUCUGAAAUGUGUUUGCUAUAAUAACUAUCUAUAACAAUAGGAUGUAUAGACAUCUCAAGCAAUUGUGUAGUUCAUCUCUAGUCUCAAUAAAACAAUUCCAAUUCAAGAAUAAACGUUCUUGUAGUAAUAGCUCUAACUCUUGUCUGUAAUAUUUUCUCUCUUGUGAUAAUACUCAUGAACUGUGCAAUAUUUAUAUUCCAAUAUUAUAUAUAAAUUACAUGAAUAUUAGUAUAAUACUUGUAGUUUUAUAGGGUUUGAAAUAUAAUUGCAAAAUAGUUCAGACAUUCACUUUAUCUAAUAAAUGAGACAUUAAGGUUUUUAUAUCAAAUAUGUUUUGGGGAUUCUCAUAAGUUGUGAAUUGCCUAACUUAGAACGGUAGGAAUGUGCAUCUGUGAAAAAUCGAAUAAAAAGUAGAAAAGCCUCCAGUUAGAAUGCAAAAGUGUAUCACUACUUUAUAUAUUUCAUUUAAUAAGACAAUAAUAGUAGUACGAAUUUUUCAUAUUGUAAAAAUUCUAUUGAGUGGAAAGACACUAAAAACACAUUUCACAGAGAGUUCAAGGAACUAGAUUUAGAUAAUGAAUCGUAUGCCUUAAGAUGUUGUUGAUAAAGACACGUUGAAAUAUAGACCAUAAAGAAUUUGAAGCAUUUUGUUACCCAAACUUUCUAUGAUAAAAUUUAGAGAUAAUAUUAUGUUAGAUACUAGUUAUGUAGAAAAAUGCACUUUUUAUAUGAUUUGCACAUGUAGUUUUCAUUGCUUUGAUGCCAAAAUACACAUAAGAAAUGAAAUGAUAUUGAUUUUUAUUGAAAAGUAUAAAAUUGCUUUGAGUAGAUCAUAGCAUGCACACAUUGUUACAUUAAUGUAUAUGAUACAUUUUCAUUGUAUUUAAUUGCAAACAAUAUUUAUGUGAUGUAGUUGUUAUGAAUAUGCAAAAUGUUGCAUUAUACAAAUACAAAAUUUAGUAGUAUGUAUAAUCAUUUAGUCGCUGUUAUAAACUAGUCAAUAUUGCCCGAUAUUUAUUGUUUAUUUUACAUCUUAAUGCACAUAUUACAAUAUAUCAUUUGUAUAUCUCCUAGAGGGUUAAUUGCACAUGCAAAUACUUAGCAAGUUAAGAAAAUUAUCUUGGAAUAUAUAAAUCAGUUUAAAAAAGUUGGGGUUUAAUUUCCAGAGGACAAAGAAAACUGUUGAUAAAAACUAGAUGCGUAGAUAAAAAAUAGUCUUACUAUGUUUUAAUUUUGGUAACCUCACUAAAUAAAUGAAUUUCGAAAAAUAAGUUCAUUUCAGUAAUAUGCACACAAAAUAUUCUGACAAGUUCCACUCCUUACACCGCCACAUAUGUUAUUAAUGUGUUUCUUUGUAACUGACACAAAAAGAACAUUGUCACAUUUAUUUGAUACACAAUUGUCCGUCUUCUUAUAUAUUCAUAAUAUGUAUUACUUUAUUGAUAUUGUAUCAAACUUCAUUAUAAAGGAUGAAAAAUAUAAAUUAGAUAUUCUCAUAACCCUCACAUCAAGUUUGUUGUUCAUAUGAGAAGAAUAAACUCAACAAUUCAAAUAUGACAAUAAAACACAGUUUUGAAAUAUGAAAAAUACUGGAAACUUGAUAUUAAUCUCUAAUGGGAGUAAUUUGGUUUAGUGAUUAACUUUGCUGUCUGCCGUCUAGUUUUUCUCUGUUUUAUACAAAAUUUCCAAUAAACGUAGCUGUAUUUUUUAUUUUGUGAAAUUAUAUGAUAGCAAAAUGUAAUAAAGUCCAAAUAAAAAAAUAAAAUGUAUGAAAACAUUGAAAUAUCUCGAUUGAUGACAGCAGACAAAUUAAUUAGAAAAUUAACUUGUACGAUACCAUUUGUGUAUUCCAAACUUAGUUAUAUUAAACCCUUAAAGCUGUUUGUUAAUCAAUAAUAUGAUAUAUGUAAACGUUUCUUUUGCUUGAGAGUAGACUUCAUUAUUGGUACCUAAUUUGCUUGACAAUGCAUUGCUGGAUAUCAUUAUUGUCUGCUCAAAACUACUUAUUGUGCAUUUUCUGUGAAGAAAAAUAAAAUUUGUAAAAGAAA